AUUUAAGAAAAAUGUGCCACGUAGGACGCCCAGUCAGCAGUCCCGACGAACCGAAUCGCGCCGCGUGGUAAGGCACACUAAUGCGGUGCCGCGCGGGAGGUCACGCUGGCGAUCCACGUGCCUACAAUCGGACGGUUUAGAUUUGUUCCUGCGCGCGUGGACGGUCCGAAUCCAUUCCCUUCUCAGACACGAUCGGACGGUUGCGAUUAAACGCGAUGAACAGCUUAGAUUCGUUCUAUUUUUAAACACGAUCGUUCGUUUCAAAUCAAAUCGCGAUGAACGGUUUAGAUUCACUUCUUAUUUAAACGCGAUUGGACAGUCGAGAUCAAACGCGAUGGAUAACUCAGAUUAAAUGGAGACAGAUAUAAGUAUCUCAUUUCACACCAAACUCUAACUCUAGUUGCCAGCCUCCCCUCCCCCAAGAGAAGAAGAACCAAUUGCCGGGAAGGGAGCCAACCACUACCUGUCGCCGUGCCGGAGCCACCUCCGACCGCCAAAAGAGGUUAACUGAAAUAAAACACCCAAUCGCGAAGGUGAGCCGGCGGAGCUGCCGCACCGGAAAACUCUGCCGCCGGGAUGGCUGAAAUCGGCAGAAACUGCCUAAAAAACGGCCAAUCUGAGGCAAACCGCUGCUUCUUGUGGCAGUGUUGUCGCUGGAGCAUGGCGGUCCCACUAUGCUGGAAUUCUGAAAUUGGCUAAAAAGGGUUUCUAACCCCAGUUUUGGGUUUUGAGGGUAUUUGUAGGUACUUGAAGCGUGUUUUAAUCCCUGAAAGAAAAUUCAGGGAAUCAAGGGACCACUAGUAGACGCAGUUGAAAGUUUUGCAUUUUGGACAUCGAUUCGGUGUCCUUUAUUUCCAAAGGAUUUGUCAGGAUGAGUGGGGUAUCCAUGCAAAAUAUCUCCUCCUCCUUGGCUUUGCACGGUUCACAGGCAAACCAGGGUUCUGGAGUCACGUCAACUGGCCCAGAAACAAAGCCAAAGAAGAAAAUCUGCUGUGCUUGUCCUGAUACCAAGAAACUGAGAGAUGAAUGCAUUGUGCAACAUGGUGAAGAAGCUUGUGCAAAAUGGAUUGAAGCUCAUCGUAAGUGCCUUCGUGCAGAGGGCUUUAAUGUUUGACAUUGGUAAGACAGAAUAAAGUUAACAAAAGAAACCGGUUUGGAGUACUUACUUUCAAUUUGGGGACUACACAUGCCGAUAUGAUAAAUUACAACUUUAGGCAAUAAAGCAAUGUUGUCGUUGCUUGGCCCAUUUAUAGAAACAAUUUGAUACAUUCUUUUAUGGGCCAAAAUAUGGUGAUAAGUUUAAAAUACUUCGUUACAUUGUUGUCUAUGUUUGCUUGUCUACUCUCCACAAGAUUACUUGAUCUUGACAUUUCUGUGGGAAAAUUUGCUAUGAAAAAAUUUAUGCGGGAAAUUUUUAUAUGAAAUCAAGACAGUAAACACUGUGGGAAGGCAAUAUAGAUAGUAGUAAAUUGGAAGCUA